AUGUCUGUCACCGAGGACCUCAUCGAUUUCGAUAUAAUCGAAAGUCAAAAAGAAAAUAUACAAUCAUUACCUAGUGGAAGAUCCGCGCGAAGUCUCGCCGGCUUAUUUUCCCCAUCUCCCCUCCACGCCCUCUCAACACCAACACCCUCAGAUACGAAGAACCUCAACGAUGCAAUUAGACAGGAAUACGAGAUUGAGCUGACCAACAUAUCUGAGUCCGACGACCCCCUAGACAUCUACGACCGCUACGUCCGGUGGACUCUCGAUGCGUAUCCUUCCGCCCAAGCAACACCUUCAUCACAACUCCUUCCCCUCCUCGAGCGCGCAACAAAGGCAUUCCUCACUUCGCCUCAGUACAAGAACGAUCCACGAUACCUAAAAUUGUGGAUAUCAUACAUUCGCUUCUUCUCAGAUACCCCGCGAGAGACAUUCGCUUUCUUAGCUCGUCAUAACAUUGGAGAAGGGCUUGCUUUGUUCUACGAGGAAUUCGCUGCAUGGCUAGAGGGUGCUGGCCGAUGGACACAGGCGGAAGAGGUCUACAAAUUAGGCAUAGACAGGGAAGCUCUACCGACUCCCCGCUUACUUCGCAAAUACAACGAGUUCCAGCAACGUUUCUCCCAAAAACCAGUUGAUGCCAAUGAACCAUCUUCACCGGCGCUGCCAAGUGUACGACCUGCACUCGCUGCAAAAGUCGACCCGUUCGCCGCAGCUGCCCCCAGGGAUCCACAAGCGCCACGACCAAACUCUGGAGUUGGAGGUUCGACUACGAAGAGUGGAAAGCAGAAGCUGACCAUUUUCUCCGACGGUGAUGAUGCCGCACCUGCAUUGGCAUCGGGCGGGACUAAGGGCUGGGAGAGUAUUGGAGGACUGGCAGAUCGUAAAAAAGAGAACGUGAUGGAAGCGAAACCCUGGGUUGGUGAGACUCUAAAGGCGGGAGGAAAGAAAAGCAGCACUAAAAUACCGGUAUUCAAGGAUGAGUCUUUACCUCAUUACGAAUAUGCACAAGUUACCAAUCCCAAGCAGGAACAAGUGACUAUUAAUCAAAAAGGGAGAACUGAACGUAUUUUUGUUGACCUUGAAGCUAUGUACCAUAGCCCAGAAAUUCUUGGAUCUGAAUUGAGUCUUGAGGAACUGCGAGCUGGGCACCGCGGAUGGCUAUCGAAAGUCUGGGACCCUGAGAUUGUUAAGCAGCAGAAUAAUGAGCCUCUAGUAGAGGUAGUGCAGACAGAUGAAGCUGUCGGAACUAUCACUAGGGAAGUCCCUGAUAAAUUCGUUAUCUUACGGGAUCCGGUCGCGCUGGAUGAGAACGGGGUGCAAAAAGAGUCUAGCCGAGAAGGGCGAGGGCGAAGGAUGAAAAUUAAAGAAGUUAAUGAGACCCAAAUUAUCAAAGCGAAAUUGUCGUCACCGUCUGGUCCGAAAAUGACCAAGCGAAAAUCGACCAAGGAACAAACUAUGACACUUCAUACUCGAGCCGCCACUGAUGAAAUCUUUGACUUAUUUAGCCAACCGCUUAACCAGCCAGAAGAAGAGGAGGAGGAAGAUGAGAGUGAAGAUGAUGAUGGGGAUAUGACAGAUGGAGAUUAUACAAGUGGUGGUGAAAGUACUGGAACUGGUCGGCUUACUACAACCAGCGAAGCGGGAGACGAUGAAACUGGAACUGGUCAACUCGUCACUACAAGUGAAGCAGGAGAUGAUGAAACAUCAGAAGCCAAGAGUGUUAGCGAAUGGUCUGAAUUCACGGCUAGGAAACACAUUCCUAACAUGGACGAUGAGGAUGAGGAUGAUGAUACUCGGGUUUCGCGCUUCACUGCCGCCGACGAUGAAGGAUUCGAGGCUAUUGAGGUCGAGGUACCCCAAGAUACGGAAGAAAAUGACUACAGUACGCCAGCAUCGCCAGAGCUGCCACCUUUAAGACGAACUAUAUUUGUUCCUAUACCACCCGAGGACUAUGAAGCACCACUACGACCCUAUCGGGAUCCUUCCCAAGCAUCCCAAAACCGUCUUCCCUUUAUGACACCUAUUGCCGAGAAGACUGAAUCCUCUCUCGGUGUGCCCACCGCCCGACAAGACAAAAACUACUACAGCUCCAAAACACCUAGCAAAGGGAAUAGUUCGAGGCAACCGCAGUCCGUCGAAUUCGGAAGUAGUCCGUUCAAAGAGAUUGUCAACGGAGCCAGGCCUGUGGAAAAGAUUGCCCCGCCACAGCUAGGGAAGAUUUCGAAGACCAACAAGACCACUGCUAUUGCCGCAAAGGUGCAAUCGGGUGGAGGCGCCCUCGCCAAAGAGAUCGCUCCCAAGGGACCAAUUAUUAAGGAUGCACAGUGUAACCCUAUCGAUGAUUAUAUUCGAAUUAUGAUUCUUGAAAAUUUACAGCCCCCAUUGUCUACCUAUGAUGGUUUCUUCGAAUACAAAGAUGAGACACGAGGACGGACGGGAGAGAUCAAGAAGUUUGCAAAAGCCAUGUCCAAAAUGAGCAAGAAUGCAAGCGACAGGACAACGACCAAUAUUUCCAUGCCACCCACAUUGCGGUUCCCAGGUACCGACAGACAAUACAUGGUCAAACGCGAACUCGGUGCCGGCGCCUUUGCUCCAGUAUACCUCCUCGAGAACGUCGCCGAAGACGAAGAACAGGAUGAAAACACCCCUGCUGUAAUGGGCAAAGGCGCCUUUGACGCCUACAGCCGCAAAACCCACGAAGCCCUGAAAAUGGAAGACCCGCCCACAGCCUGGGAAUUCUACAUCAUGCGACAAGCAAAACGCCGACUCGGAGUCUCCCGAGCUUCGGAAUCAGUAAUAAAUGUCUACGAAAUGCACCUCUACGCAGACGAAUGCUACCUAAUCGAAGAAUACCGCGACCAAGGAACCCUCCUGGACGUAAUCAAUAUCGCACGCUCAGAAUCCACAGCCGCGGGCCCGGGCGUAAUGGACGAGUCCCUCGCCAUGUUCUUCGCCAUUGAACUCUUCCGCACCGUCGAGUCCCUACACUCCAAAGGCAUCUUGCAUGGCGAUCUCAAAGCAGACAAUUGUCUCGUGCGUCUUGACGCUCUUUCAGACACAGACGUCUGGUCUGCCAAAUACCGCCGCGAUGGCACGGGCGGCUGGAGUAAGAAGGGUGUAGCGCUCAUUGAUUUCGGACGCGGGAUUGACAUGAAGGUCUUCCGACCUGAUGUGGGCUUUAUCGCGGAUUGGAAGACGAGCCCACAGGAUUGUGCAGAGAUGCGGGAAUUGAGGCCCUGGACUUAUCAAAUUGACUACCAUGGUCUCGCUGGUAUAAUCCACAGCAUGCUAUUCGGUAAAUACAUCGACACGGUCGCUGAUAAAAGCGCUGAUAUUGGCGCCACGGCGAAGAAAAUCUGGAGGAUUAGAGAGAGUUUGAAACGGUACUGGCAAGUUGAACUUUGGGGCCUCGCGUUCGACUUGCUGCUUAAUCCGGGUAUGCAUGUUGAGGGCGAGGAAUGGGGCAGGAUGCCGGUGCUAAAGGGCAUGAGGGAGUGUAGGGAGGCCAUGGAGGCGUGGUUGGAGGGGAAUUGUGAGAAGGGCGUGGGGUUGCAGGCUGGUAUUCGGAGGUUGGAGGCGUUGUUGGGGGGAUAG